AUUGUUAUUAUUAGCUCCUUGCAAACAUGGCGGAGGUCAGACUGAAAUUUAGUAAUGGAGUCUACAGAAUUCUUCAAAAUACAUAUCAUCAGUUGCCUCUGAGGAUUGAGGGCAACCAAGCUAAAGGCGCAAUACAAGCCACAAGCUUGCUGACAGAAUAUCGGUCUGGCGAAGCUCAAGAUGACCAUGAUAAUACAGCCCGGGUCCAGUUGCCGUUUCUCGGAAGUCCUGAGGAGACUUUAAGAACUGAGAACUCAAGGUCCCUCAGCAGACUCACCGAAGGUGGAUUUAAGAUUGGAUUUUGCCACGACCUUAUAUCAAAAUGCGGUGAGGGGGUAUUACAGUUAGGUUCUGCAUGGAGGAAUAACUUGUCGGACAGUGAGAAUAUAAGAAGACUCGAUAGUGCUUCAAGGUGGUUUUAUCUCAGUUCACCUCACCUGGCCGACACACAAGUCCAUGUUAUUGCCUCCAGAGCUUCAAGCUGGAUAAGAAACGGUCUCGUGACGGCCACCAUAACUCAAACCAGGCGCGAGCAGAGAAGAUCUCUGUGUAUGGUGCGAUUUGCCAUCGGACAGUCGAGCUUUAGUUUGCGACAGUCUCAUGAGCAGUUAUUUGUGAGAGCUUAUGGCAACGGCAACAUGUCUGAGCCCCUAUAUAAAAGCAGAACGGCAUAUUAUGAAAUCCUCCAGGUGUCUCCAACCGCCACGCAAGCUCAGAUCAAGACGGCUUACUACAAGCAGUCUUUCGUCUACCACCCAGAUAAGAAUGCAGGCAGUGAGGAGGCUACGAACCGCUUCUCCAACAUCAGCGAGGCUUACAACGUGUUGGGCAACAAGGGGCUGAGGAAGAAAUACGACCGAGGCAUUCUGAGUCAGGGAGACGUUACUGGAGCGAGCAAACCUUCCGCGAAGGACACCAAGAGCUCCUCAUCUCAGCCAACGAGGGAGGCACGCCAGACUUCCGCCUUGGGGAUAGACAGCAAGAACAUUUUCGACUUUGACAACUUCAUCAAAUCCCACUAUAAAUCCCAGCUCAUGAGAGAGGAGGAGCUGCGAGUUAGGAAGGAAGAGAUUAUGAGGAAGAAAGAGGCCAUCAAAGAUCAGGAGAUGGGCAAGAUGAUGGAGAUGGCUGUGGGAGUGUUGGUCAUAAUAGCAGUGUCUAUUCUGGUCAACUUGAAACGGGGAGGAAAUUGAUUUUGCAAACUGACGCUGGACAAGCAUAGGAUGGUAUUCUUUUCAUCCACACUAUAGGAUUUAUAUGGGAAGGCUGAGUGCAAUGGUAAAGGACAUGCCUUGUGCCAAUUUGACACACCCUGGACUGGUUUCCAUCUGUUCCAUUCUUGCUGUAUCCAGAUGCCCUAAUGAAAGCUGUUUAACCUAAGAAUAUAUGUCAAUAAUAAUACUGUAAUAGAUGCUGAUGAUUGAGUGAUUACUGGUGCUUUGGGUUGAGCUGUUCCACAAUCACAAGACUGCACUGUAUCACUUGUGUGUUCGCAUAUAGUUCACUAGAAAAUAUAAAUAUUUAAAUUGGAAAUUGUUGGAAGUUUGAUGUAGGAAGUGAUGCAGUGAGGAACCAAAGCAUAUUGGUUUAGGCCUAUAUUGCAGUUUUGAUUGAUUCUGCAGUGUUGAAUGAAUUGCAGAACGGUGCAAUGGUUAAUUAGGUUAACGUUCAAUAUGGUGCUAUGAUUCAGCUUGGCUUUUAAAAAGUUGUGAAAAGUGAAUUUUAUGUCAUGAGCACAGUUUUAAGUGUGGGAAGUAAGCUGAUGAUACCUGGCUGCACAAGUUUGGACCUUGGCAUCAGAUAGCUCUUGAUCAUGAGUCUCAGUUCCAUUACAUUACACAUAAGAGUCAUUGGAUGAAGGCGUCUUCUGUAGGGGAGUUUUGUUAAGAUCCCUGCUGCUCGGUCUGAACAUUAACACGCAUCGCUUCCGAUACAGUUUUGGAAGCAUAAGGACCUUAUCUUUCAUAUCAGUGAGAAAUACUUUAAAAAAGGUUCAAUUGAUACACACCUUAAUAGGAUUAUGGUUCCCACACAGGCAUAUCUCCAUUUUACAGCACUUGUUCAAGGAAAACAGAUGGAAGCUAUCUAUUAGCUAUCUAGCAUGCUCUGAACACCUGUGCGUAAGCGUAACUCGGGAAGUGUAGUAGAAGUUUAAUUUCAUCGGAUGGAGGCACCCAUAGAUGUAAGGAUCUGUGCAAAACUGCUAUAGGUAAGUAUAUUUUUUAUCUUAAGGAUACUGUAUGGGCCAUAUGUUUCGAAAGCCGUAUCGCAAGCCAUGAUUAUUGACGCUUCUAAACGUUGAAACACAGUGUCUGGAUUGUAUUUCACGAGGCAGUCGUGGGCGAAGCAAAUAUAAAGCAGAAUGCCAAAUAUAAAGCAGAAUGCCGCCUAGAGUUGAGUUAGGUGUCAGCCAGCUGAGCAGCAGUUGUAGCUGGGUGAAAAGGUGCUUUUGAGAAAACGUUUGGUAAUUCAGUUUAGAUGAGACUCCUGCAACGGACUAGUGCACUGAAGGGCCCUAGGUGGGCUUCUGUACUGGGCUCCUGUACAGAAAUAAUAAAAAUGGAACCUAAGAUCAGUAAGAGACAAGAUAACUUUGUGUACAGUAAAUUAGUUGAAAUGUGCCUUGACGAUAUUUGAAGUAAGAACAUGUAUGGCCAAUCUCAUGUCAUUUUCCCUGCCUCAACACUUUUAAUGUAUUUAAGAUGAAUAAAUUAUUUUAAAAGUGUGCUUAUGGAAGCACAUGAAAAAGGAAUGUCACUUGGGUCUUUAUUAGCAUGUGUCAGUAUUUAUACAAUACUGAAUACAAAGAGGAUUAAUCAUAAGGGUUACAGCAGCACAGGACUUUCCAGUGUUGUAGAACUGUACAAAAAUGGGUACAACACAGUUCAGAAUAAUUAGUGUUUAUUUUCUCUCCUGCAGAUGCAUCAAUUAAGUAGGGCCGGGAUGAUACGAGUAUUGCAAUAUGGCAAAAAUUAAAACAUGAAGCAGACCCUUCCUUUUUAAAAACCUGCUGUAUGUAAAAUAUUGUGUGCUAUAAGCUUGGAAAAUAAAUAAAUGUGACUGGAUGACAACAUAAUGAUGUUUGUUUCGAACAUUAGGACUGUUUUCCUAAAGAAGAAAUCUGCUUUGUGUUUUGUUUUCUUGCCACAAUAAUAACGAGUAUCGCGAUGCUGGUAUUGUCCCGGCCCUACAAUUCAGUCUAGUAGAGAUGCACGUGACCAAUGUUUGUCAGACAUUUUCAGACUUCAAAAUGUAUUCCUAUUCAUGUUUGAUGAACUAAUCUACACUACUUUUGAGGUCGCUUUAAUGUAUAUAUAUAAAAUGUUAUAGUUAGCAAAUUUACAGAGCCAGUAGAGUUAUAAUUAUCCCAAUAGCAAUGCAUUGAUGUUCUUGUAAGUAUACAUUUUAAAAGACCGAACUUUAAAAUAUGGGGAAUAAUAAUAAGUGUUUGGUUAGUGUAGUGUAGUCAAAUAUUUUUACCACCAGAUGUCUCCUACAGCAUCUUGAUUGAAUUAGAGGGGACAGUGUGACAAUUUUCUUUUCUUUAAAUGUCCAAAGCAGCCGUUUUAUCUCAAUAACCAGGUUUCCAUCCAACCUUUUAUGCACGUAAAGUACAUGUCAGAUAAUUUUUUUAAUGAAAGGCCUGAUGGAAACAGAAUUUGUUUUUCAGUAAACUUUCCAAAUGUCAGCAAAACAUUAGACAAGGUGUUAUCUUUUUGUGUCAUAAAAUGAAUUAUGUGAGAAAUGUAAUUGGAAAUGCUUUUUUGCACAAAUAUUGAUAUAAUAACCAUCAUACCGAAGUAAGCUUGGAGUCACGCAAUGACAUAUUGUGUUGUCCUUCCACUACGACUCAUCGGGAAAGCAUGCAGUUUAUUAAACUACAGAUGAAAUAAAUGAUGAUGAACUUCA